UUGUUAACAUCGAGUAUAGAUUUAAGUGUCAGGAAGUCGUUUCUGAAAGUAAGAGAAGAGAGGGAGGAAAAGAAAGAAAACAGAGAAAGAAAGAAAACAGAGAAAGAAAGAAAACAGAGAAAGAAAGAAAACAGAGAAAGAAAGAAAACAGAGAAAGAAAGAAAACAGAGAAAGAAAGAAAACAGAGAAAGAAAGAAAACAGAGAAAGAAAGAAAACAGAGAAAGAAAGAAAACAGAGAAAGAAAGAAAACAGAGAAAGAAAGAAAACAGAGAAAGAAAGAAAACAGAGAAAGAAAGAAAACAGAGAAAGAAAGAAAACAGAGAAAGAAAGAAAACAGAGAAAGAAAGAAAACAGAGAAAGAAAGAAAACAGAGAAAGAAAGAAAACAGAGAAAGAAAGAAAACAGAGAAAGAAAGAAAACAGAGAAAGAACGAAAACAGAGAAAGAACGAAAACAGAGAAAGAACGAAAACAGAGAAAGAACGAAAACAGAGAAAGAACGAAAACAGAGAAAGAACGAAAACAGAGAGAGAAAGAACGAAAACAGAGAGAGAAAGAACGAAAACAGAGAGAGAAAGAACGAAAACAGAGAGAGAAAGAAAGAAAACAGAGAAAGAAAGAAAACAGAGAAAGAAAGAAAACAGAGAAAGAAAGAAAACAGAGAAAGAAAGAAAACAGAGAAAGAAAGAAAACAGAGAAAGAAAGAAAACAGAGAAAGAAAGAAAACAGAGAAAGAAAGAAAACAGAGAAAGAAAGAAAACAGAGAAAGAAAGAAAACAGAGAAAGAAAGAAAACAGAGAAAGAAAGAAAACAGAGAGAGAAAGAAAGAAAACAGAGAGAGAAAGAAAGAAAACAGAGAGAGAAAGAAAGAAAACAGAGAAAGAAAGAAAACAGAGAAAGAAAGAAAACAGAGAAAGAAAGAAAACAGAGAAAGAAAGAAAACAGAGAAAGAAAGAAAACAGAGAAAGAAAGAAAACAGAGAAAGAAAGAAAACAGAGAAAGAAAGAAAACAGAGAAAGAAAGAAAACAGAGAAAGAAAGAAAACAGAGAAAGGCAGAAAACAGAGAAAGGCAGAAAGAAAGAAAGAAAGAAAGAAACAGAGAAAGGCAGAAAGAAAGAGAGAACAAUGGACAUAACAGAUCAACGAGGUGUGUCCAAGGCAGCAGGCUUCUAG